AUGAAGCAGUCCUUUUAAAUCAAAUCAGACAUUUUGAGAUAGCUUUGCUUUAAAAUUGUAUUCCUGGGAUCCAGUUCAGUUGGCAAAAGUUCCAUAAUUAAGAGAUUCCUCAAAAAUGAAUUUGCAAUGAAAUCGAUGAGCACUGUCGGAGUUGCAUGUGAAUCGAAAGUAAUUACUAUACACAACCAAUAAGUAAAGGUGCAAUUGUGGGAUACUGCAGGACAAGAGAGAUAUAGAUCCCUGACUAAGAAUUACUAUAGGAAUUGCGAUGCAGUGGUGAUUGUCUAUGAUAUUGCAAAUAUGAAAAGUUUCUAUUAAGUGAAAGGCUGGAUUGCUGAUUUUGAAGACAAAUGUGAAAGACCAGCAAUUAAGAUGUUGCUAGGAAAUAAAAUAGAUCUGAAUCGAGAAGUGGGAAUUGAAUUGGGUACUCUCCUUGCCCAAAAACAGAAGCUAUUAUUCCAAGAAGUAUCAGCAAAAUAGAAUACCAACGUUGAAAAUGCAAUGAUAAAGUUAAUAGAAAUUAUGAUUCAAACAAGAUAAAUUGAUUCUGGAGGCAAAUUAAUCAGAAGGGGAUCUCUCGUUGAAAGUAAAUCGAGCAGCGGAGACAUGUCCUCCAGUGGGAUUAGUAAAUCCACUAGGCCUGUUUCUUAUAAGCCCCUAGAAAAGGAUGUAUCGAGUUUUGAUACUUCCAAGUUAUAGGCUAUUAAGUCUGGGGGUGAAAGUUCAUAGGAAGAAUCUCCCUUUACUUCUGGGCCUCUUCUAUACCAGACUUCUCCUCCGACCAUAAUUGUGACUCCACCAGAGGAUGCUCUUGUUGCCAAACAAGAUGAAAACAACAACAUGUGGUUAAGUAUUUCGAAACAUAAAAAGAAAUCCCAUAGUGUGAGUAUGACUUUGAAAUUGGUUCAUCCCAGAGAAUCUGAAACUAUUAGGGAUGAAUAUUUUCUCAGAUAAAAUGCAAAUGAGAGUUGUUUCUGCUCUUGUUGA